GAAGGAGAGAGAGAGGAAAAGAGCAGAGGAACGCAGCAGCUCUGUUGUUGUGGUCAGUUUACGAACACUGCUCAGGCAGAAAUGGAGGGGCUGAAGUACAGGAACUGACCCACUGUUAUCAAGAGCAGUGGAAUACGUGUGGAUGGUCUUAUUGAGAGUGGAUCAGCAUUAAAAGGAGCUGAGGGCUGCAUGGGUCCGGUGGUCAUGCCCCCAGGGAAAAAGGCUGAGGGCCCCAGCAGUGGGAGUGUAGCACGGGGUCUGAGUCAGCUCUACCAGGACACAGAAGCAGCCGAUCUGUCUCUCGCCCUGUCAACAUCUCUAAGCCGAGCGGAGGACGAGGAGCUUACGAGCCUCAGCUGGCUGCACGAGAGCACAGAUCUUUUGACCAGCCUGGGUCAAUCUGGCCUGCGUAGCGUAAGCCCCCUGCAAGAUGCCAACGGCAGCCGCGAGCCCUCUUCUUCCUCACCUUCAUCCUCUCCUGAGCCCAGCGAGCCGCCCUAUCAUCUGUCUACGGGUCCCAGCCGAAAACCUCCGUACUCUUUUAGCUGCCUCAUUUUCAUGGCAAUAGAGGACGCUCCCUCAAAGCGACUUCCUGUCAAAGACAUCUACGGCUGGAUACUGGAGCACUUCCCGUACUUCGCUAGUGCCCCUACUGGCUGGAAGAAUUCAGUGCGUCACAACCUGUCACUUAACAAGUGCUUCAAAAAAGUGGAUAAGGACCGGAGUCAGAGCAUAGGAAAAGGUUCUCUCUGGUCUAUUGAUCCUGACUACAGACACAAUCUGAUUCAGGCGCUGAAGAAGACUCCAUAUCAUCCGUAUUCUCCUCGGAUUCCAAAACCUUCUACCUCCCCAUCUGCCUCUCCUCAGCAAUACCACAGUCCUCCACUAUGGCCAGGAAGUCCGCUCUUCGGAAAAAAUGGAGGAGUGCUCUUGCAAGUUCCACAGAGAGUGAUACAGCAUGGUUCACGUAUGGCCACUCAAGGGCUCUUUCCAGUUAUCAGACCCGUUCCCUUGAGUCCUGUGAGCAACAGGACCACAGCAGUGAGAUCAGCCCUGGGCGACUACCUGACACAGGGUAAAAACGGUCUGCACAGUGACUCUCCUCCACCCAGCGAUGAUCAACAGGAGGAUCACACGUACAGCACCUCACAGUCCCUGAGUAUAAAGAGGGACGUUUCUUCCCCCCUCUCCUCCUGCUCCACUCAGGGAUCCCUCUCUGCCUACAGCCACGAUCAGGAGCUGAUGGUCACUGAGGUCAAGGAGGAACAAAAAGACUUUCCCCUGGACACUAAACCACCGCCUUCCAACCUCCUACUCCACAUACGGACCCCUGACGACACGCUUCCCCUGAAAAAGAGGAGGGCAGACAAGCUCCUGGGAAAUGAGGAAGAUGAUGAGGAGAUGAAGGAGGCUGCAGGGUCAUUGCUUCACCUGGCUGGCCUGCGCAGCGGUCAGUGUGCAUGUAAAGUUGAAAAGGAGCUAAAAGAGGAAGUAAAAGAUGAAUGAAAAUACGGUUAACGCAGAUUUAAAUACUUCUGUUCCAGGAUAUCAGGUGAAUAUGGUCAGUUGUUGCAAUAUCAAUAAAAUCACUGUCGUCCUUGUGUUUUUUUAUUUUAUUUCUGGCUGAAAGAAUUUCAUAUUCAUUGUUGUUUUGUGUGUGUAUCUGCGAGCAUAUUCGUGCCAGUAUGUGUAUGUGCAAAGACGGAUAAAAGCCAUAGUAAGUUUUAGUCAUUUGAGUGCAAAAAUGUUUUCAUGUUUUUGUUUUACUUUCAUUAAGCCUUCCGAACAAUUAAAAAAAAAACUAAAGGUGCACUUAGCAAUUAUUUCUUAACAAAAAUAAAAAUAGUACUUUCAAAACCAAACCAAAAAAAUUUAAUUAUUAAACGCCAGCAUUUUUCAUGAUUUUUACAAAAGUAUAAUGCAUUUCAGAACAUGUUCUUCUUUAAAUAUAUACACAUACAAUAUAUCAAAUGAAAGAACAAACCCUCUGCUUUCAAAAAAAAAAAAAAACUUAAUUGGCUGGCUCUGCCUAAGUUAUUUGCAUAAGGCGAUCUGAUUGGCUGAUGCACGCGUUGCCAGUUGAGAAAUGUUCAACUUCUGCUGCGAGCAAUGGCACUGACGCGGCACCGAAGGAUCCACAAAAGUGAAUGGGCAGCGUGAAUGUACCUUUACUCUUUCACGUGAGGCGUUGUUUGCGGGUUGUAUAAUUUGCGGAAGACCUGGUGGAUAAUAACGGUAUUGCGGAUUGCCGAAAAUACUCGUCAUUGCAAGGGAAGCAUUUUCUCUUAAUUGACGAGUUAAGUAGAAAGUUUACUGAGAUAAAGAGAUUAAAGUUGAGCCAAUUUUGUUAACUCGUCAAUGGCGGGGAAAGAGUUAAUAUACACAUAUUAGUUGUUAAAGGUCCAAUGGGUAGAUUUUUAGCAGCAUCUAGUGGUGAGACUGUGAAUUGCAACCAACGGCUCAGUCUACAUCUCACUCCUCCUUUUCGAAUUGCAUAGUGAAGCAACAGUAGCCGUCAGAAGACAAACAUGUCGUCGUCCGAGACAACGUAGUGAUAAAACUCGUUUCGAAGAAUGGUUUGUCCAUUUAUGGCUACAGUAGAAACGUGGUGGUGCGAGAUAUCGACUUAUAUUUAAGGGGACCCACAGUGUAUAUAAUAAAAGCGACUCAUUCUAUGGUAAUAAAAACAAUACAGUUCAUUUCGUAAGGUCUUUUUAUACCACUGCUAAUACAAUUAUGUAUAUUAUAUAAUAUAAUUUCAUACAAAGUUUAUUUAUUUUCUGCCAUGUUGAGAUUACAAAAUUAGCUCAACGUUAAUCUCUUUAUCUCAGUAAACUUUCUAUUAUCGCUCAUAAAUAAAUAAAAUUCUGGCUUACUAUGAAAAUGGAAUUAUGAACCGAAAAGUAUUUAAAAGUCAAAGUUUAACUCCCAGACCACUGCCAUUUGGACAUGCACAAAAAUUGCUGAGUGCACCUUUAGUUAUGUUGUAGCAAAUAGUUCUGUUGUUGUCUUUCUGGUUUGUUGUCCAUUCUGAGAGAUUUUAUAUGCUGCUUUCAGGUGUGCCAAAGAUGAUUUCCAUUAAUGUGCAGCUAAUCCAUGCACACUUAGUAAGACCAAUAAUAGUUAAAGAAAAAAGUCGAAAUCCUAACCUAUAUUGCAAAAACCAUCUGUAAAGGCAAAUAUAUUCUAUUUAACUAGCAGCAAAUGUUUUUUGAGGAUGAAGUGGCCUGUGGAAACAAAUGCAAUAUGCCAAUUCUCUCUUAGAUUCUGAUGUUCAAAUGAUGUUGGUUCCUGUUUGAAAGCACACAAAAAAACUGAUCUUUUUUUUCAAUGUGUCAGAAAUGCCUAUUGGUGUUUUUUUUGUAUUUUUGGUUUGCUUCAUUCUUUUUUAAUCUUCAUCACAAUUUAAGCAAUUUGUCCUGUCAGGAUAACACUGUAAAAAGCCUAUUCUCCCUUUUUUACGAAAAGGCAGUUUUUGCCUUAGAUUUUCUUUGAUCGGUUAUAUUGCAUGGGUGCUUGUACAUAAGAAAGAAGUAUUUUCUUUUUUUAAUGAAAGAUCAUGUAAGAUAGAUAUUUAGCAUGAGGCAUGGCUUAUUUUCUUACAAGAAAAAAGAGAGAGAGAUGGAGAACGCCUAGCAGGCAUCUCUUACAGCAUAGGCUUCUUUCUUCGUUCUUUUUGUAACUGUAUCUCUUCUAUAUGGCAGACGACUCUUCCAAAGGGAGAGUCUUAUUGGAAACCUGUUAACAAAGAGCUCUGCCUUGUAUUGAAUAUCAGGUGAAACUGAUUUUGCCUUUUUUUUUGUGGUCCUCGGUUUUGGUGGUCCUUUUUCGAUUCAUUGAUGUAAGUGUUCAAGUGUUGUUAAUACUCAGUGUUAAAUGACCCACCACUCUGUACACCCUUUAAGGUUGUGCCUGCCUUUAGUUCAUGUGCUUGGAGGUCUGUUCGGUUCUUUUGUAUUGUUAAAUACUCCGUUGAUGUCUUUUUAUUGUGCAACCUGCAUCGUUGAUAUCAUAAAAUUGUACUGAAAUAGUUUGACAAGGAAUUAGAAUUGGCUGUAGUAGUGGGAUAAUCCAGGGAUGAUUCCCGCACUGUUUUGCGAUGAAGGGGAAUGUCGAACUGCCUUUGGGUCUAGAUUAAGGGAUAGUUCACCAAAAAAAUAAAAUUCGUUCAUCGUUUACUCACCCUCAAGUCAUUCCAAACCUAAAAAUAAAUUUCUUUGAAGAUAUUUUUUAUAACCAAACAGAUGUGGGGCACCACUGACUUUCAAAUGAGGAAAAAAUAAUAUAAAAGAAUCCAGUGGUGCCCCAAAUCUUCAUUUGCGUUCAGCUAAGUUUGCAUUUUUGGGUGAACUAUCUCUUUAAUACAGUUUAGUGAUUUUAAUAGUGGAACAAUUAACAAGUUAUGCCUUUUUCUAGAAUGUUCCCUUAGUUCCUCUUCGAAGUACCCCUCUCCACAUUACAAACUUCAUCAUCUGUGAAACCGAAUGUCUUUAUUGUUUUAAAAUGUUGGUUGUUUGGGUCAUUACCUGCUGCCAUCACCAUACAUACAGUACAGUUACUUUCUUAUGCAUCAUCUAUUUGAAUGUUUACACUCCACUUCUGUUUAACCUAUGAAACUGUUCGUAUAUGUCCAUCAGGAGCACACAUAUAUCAAUCAAUCCUUUAAAAUACUAAUCUCCCUAAAUAUUUUAGCACUUUCUUUCAUAGUAAAAUAGCACUAUAAGUCUUCAGCAGGGGUGUAGGGUUGUAUUUGAUGGAGUGGUACUGUUGGUACUGGUUUACUAAAAUGAGUGCUCAGAGACAAAGACACACACACACCCCGAUAAAGGAUGAUAUGUUGGCAAUAAACUGCUGCUACAGUUUUGCUUUAAAUUUAUGCCAUUUCCCAUAACCCAUGUCACGUGGUUGGUUGUGUACCAAAAACAAUAUCUUUUUAAUUGAUUCAUACACAUCCAUUUAAGGUGAAAGGGGGAGAAAAAUAUGCAUGAUCUAUUUAUUGGUAAACUCUCACUGCCUCUGGAAUUGUAUGUGAAAUAAUAUAAGGAUUUUGUCAAUGUUGUUAAUGUUGUUUGUUUUUGCCAAAUAUGUUUUUUGUCCUUGUACUUACUCACCAGUGGUCUGAUUUUUCAGCACAAUGGAGUCAUGAUGAAUAUGUAUUCGACCAGGUCUAUUUUCAAUACGCUCAGAUGCCAAUGCCGUACGAGUAUAAAGCUGUCUAUUUCCUUGGUGUGCAAUCGUAUUGCCAAAGAACAAUAUCAAACUAUUUCAUCAAUACAUGUAAAUAACCACACUGUCUCUGACAAUAAUGUCACAUCAUGUUGUUACUUUUCCACAUAUUUCUCCUGAAACUUAAAAUAAUGUUUAUGUAAUGUAUUGUCUUCCAGUUGCAAUAAUAAAAAUAUCAGAGUUUUAAAUGA